CACCAUUUCUCGAAUCCACACUCAACACAUAAACAUGCCUCACUCACACUCACUUUGCUCCCUUUUCAUCCUUGCCUCAUUAUCUCUCGCCACCGCUGCAAACUUCGAGAUCGUCAACAACUGCCCAUACACGGUGUGGGCAGCAGCCAGCCCCGGCGGCGGGCGGCGCCUGGAUCGCGGGCAGACGUGGAACCUGUGGGUGAACCCGGGCACUGCCAUGGCCCGCAUAUGGGGCCGCACCGGGUGCAACUUCGACGGCAGUGGGCGCGGGCGGUGCCAGACCGGUGACUGCACCGGCGGCCUGAACUGCCAGGGCUGGGGCGUCCCUCCGAACACCCUGGCGGAGUUCGCCCUGAACCAAUUCAACAAUAUGGACUUCUACGACAUCUCCCUGGUGGAUGGUUUCAACAUCCCGAUGGACUUCUACCCCGUGAACGGUGGGUGUCAUAGAAUCAGUUGCACUGCAGACAUUAAUGGGCAGUGCCCUGGCCCAUUAAGGGCCCAAGGUGGAUGCAACAACCCAUGCACUGUGUUUAAGACGAACGAGUAUUGCUGCACGAAUGGGCAAGGAAGCUGUGGGCCGACAAGCUACUCUAAGUUCUUCAAGGAGAGGUGCCGUGAUGCUUACAGUUACCCUCAGGAUGACCCUACAAGCACAUUUACUUGCCCUGCUGGCUCUAAUUACAGGGUUCUCUUCUGUCCUCUCGGGGAACCUCUUCUUCCUCUUCACAUGCUUCCUGAUAAUACCACUAAUCAAUACUGAAAUAACCGUACCAACUCUCUGUAGAUCCUUCGAUGGGUCUACCCACAUGGAAAUGGAGUUUCCUUUAAAACUUCAUUUUUAUCAUCAAUAAACUUUGUACUGUCAUCAAAUUCACAAAUGAAAUCUCUGUAACUCAAUUUUCUAA